AGGGGGCCGACCAGAGUGCGGAGACUCGUGGUAGCCCGGUUCGCGGACGGACACCGCCUGCCUGGGUCGCACCGCAGCUCUCUCUUGUCGCCGUCCUCUUCCUCCACUUCGAUUCUAGGAGCACUAUUCUAUUUCUCUCUCGCUCUCUCUCUUUCUCCGCCUUUCCUCGAAUCCGCGCCCGCCGCGCUUCCAUUAUCCCCUCCCGCCCGCUCCUUCCCAAUCCCGCCACCACCAAAGGAAGCUGUCCCCAACCGCCGGCCGGCCGCUGACGCGUCAACGCUUCCCUGGUUUCUUCACUCCGAUCCACGGCGGACCCCGUAGCAUCUGAUCGAUCGCUACCCCGGCGGAUCUGCUCCGCCUCCGCGUGGGCGUGGGUGUGCCGUCGCGGAUGGAGCAGCAGCAGCCUCUGCUCGAGGUAGAACAAUGUGUUACAUCCAUACCAGAAGAUCACGAGGCCACUUGUUGGGGCUGUGGUCUCCGGCUUGUCUUUGCAAGUUAUUCACCUGUAUUUAAGUGUGGCUGGUGUGGAGCAAUCACACAAUCCAAUCAAACUUCGAGAAAACCUGACAGCAUAUGCUUUUCUCGCUGGAGGCGUUUCCGGGAUGGGUUCUUUGUUACUGUGCUCGUUCUCUUCAUGCUCUUUGUUAUAUGCGGCGGGGUCUGGGCGGUAUAUCCAGUUGUUUUCUCAGUCAGCAUGUUUUGUGGCAUCUUUCACUGCACAGUAACAGCUCUCUUUGCUGUGUUCACAAUUGCAAGUUACGGUUUAGCCUCUUUUAAAUCGGCUGGUGCGCCAGCAAGCAUACGGUGGGGAAGCUAUCCCAUGGUUGGAAAAAAUGAUCUUGAGAACUAUACCUUUUGCACGUACUGCAGUAAACCUAAGCCCCCAAGAGCGCAUCACUGUCGAUCUUGUAAAAUGUGUGUCGUGGACAUGGAUCAUCAUUGCCCAUUUAUUGGGAACUGUGUGGGAGCUUCGAAUCACCGAGCUUUUGUCAUUUUUCUUAUCUCUGUGGUCAUGAGUUGCAGUUAUGCUGCCAUUAUGACCAUUUAUGCGAGUUAUCAUGUAUGGCCCACCCUAGAUUUCCAAAAUCUAUCAUCAUCUCGUCAUUCAAUGAGUUAUAUGAAAGUACUGAUGGAGUUUAUUACUAUCUUGGCAAAUUCUGUAUUCUUCUUGCCAGCAAGGGGUAUAAUUCUGGUAUAUCUUUCAUUUGCCAGUCUAUCAGUUAAUGCUGGUAUAGCUGUGUUGCUGUGCCAGCAACUUAGUUACAUAUAUGAUGGAAAUUCAUAUCUUAACCGUUUAAGUUCACCAAAUGUCGUCCAUGGAGAGAGAGGAUUGCAAAAUCUUGUUCGAUUUUUUGGGUGUCCCUACCCUUUGUCCAGAGUAUUUCUGGGCUACUUGAACACAGGCAAGUCACAGGACAAUUCAGGCUCAAAACUUCUUUAGAGGUUCCAGUGCUACAAUGUAUGUAUAUUCUGCCAAUUGCCGAAAUAUUAAUGGUUCUGCACUUCUGGUGCCAAUAGAACAGUGGACACCCGCCUCUACAUUCGAGAAUCAUAUAGCCAAGUAGUUUGUAGUAUAACUGAAGCCAGUGAUGAAAAUAGCAAUGAAGUGCUUGACAGUUUCUGAUGUAGAAAAAGGGUCUUGUUCUGAAGAACUUGUUUUGACACUGGGUUUGAUUUUUGAAGCCUCCAGGUAAAUGUGUUCACCCGCAUUGAUUUAGGGAAGCAAUUUCAGCAGGUGCUAAAAUUACAAUGUGGUCCUGUGUAUUCACUUCCUAUGAGACAAUCUUGAGGGUGAGGCAGGCAAUAAAUCAUGAUAUCUGAAGCUCUGAGCGUCAUCGUGUCUUGUCUUGCGCCAGUGGGGAAAUCAAGGCGAAGAUUAAAAUCUGGCAGUGACUCUGACUGAUGCAAAAUUUUGCUCGGACGGACCACAUCUCUUCGUUGUUAAUACCCUGACAUGUAUAGGAACGGAAACCCCACGUGUAUGUACAUUUUUGGCACCAUUUACAAAUUACAGCUGACUGAACGAGCCCUUGUUUUUAAACUAAAGCAGUCUGUAAUCUUUGGAGUAGUAGAUGUUUGAUAAGCUGUGAUUCUGCCAAUGUGAAUACGCUCCUCUUUUUUUC